AUGUCCUCCCCAAGCCCCUCCUCAUCUUCCCCUCUCAGCGCAUCCAGAGGACAGAUACAUGUCAAGCUCAUCAGCGCACGCGCCCUCAACGUCCGCAGCGUCCAUGCACGCCCUUACGUCGUCGUCCAGUUCGAGCAGAACGAAUUCGUUUCCCGCGACCCCACAGACGAGGGCGACAAGGAGGUCAAGGGCGUCGCAACCGCAAUCAACAGCCUCAGCUGCUCCCCGUCGACACCCAGCAUAUCCAGAGACACAAGUAGCAGCGCCCUCUCAGCUCUAGGCGCAAUCCAUGCAAAAGCCUCAGCAGCGGCGGCCAAGGCGGGUAGGCCCGUGGUCCAGAAGACUCCAAGCACGACGUCAAUCCACCUCCACCCUCCUUCGGCACCCUCAGUGCGCACAUCGAGCACAUCGAGCACAUCCUCAAACACCAGCACAAACGCCGGUGGCCUCUUUUCUCGACUAUCAGCACACAAUCCCGUCUGGAAACACGAGGUCUCUUUCGAUGUGACAUCAGAAGACUCUCAAAUCACACUCAACGUGUACGAUCGUGCAGCAUCUGACCAGGGUUUCUUGGGCACCGUUCAAAUCAAACCCAUCCUCGUCCACGACCACACCGUUGACCAGUGGUUCAAACUCAAACCCUACGAAAACGAGCUCGUCACAGGAGAAAUUCGAGUCCAAAUCACCUAUGAACAGUACAAGACCAAGCGCGCGCUCACCCCACGCGAUUUCGAAUUCCUCAAACUCAUCGGACGAGGCACCUUUGGCAAGGUGUUCCAGGUACGCAAGAAGGACACAAAACGUAUCUACGCCAUGAAGGUUCUCUCCAAGAAGGAGAUUAUUGCCAAGAAGGAGGUGGCGCACACGAUCGGCGAACGCAAGAUCCUUCAAUAUUCCCUCUCAUGUCCCUUCCUUGUCGGCCUUAAAUUCAGCUUCCAAACUGAUAUGGACCUCUACCUCGUCACCGACUUCAAGAGCGGCGGAGAACUUUUCUGGCACCUGCAACGAGAAACCAGAUUCAGCGAGGAGCGGGCUCGGUUCUAUGUUGCGGAGCUCAUCUUGGCUUUGGAACACCUCCACAAAUUCAACAUCGUGUAUCGGGAUCUCAAGCCCGAAAACAUCCUCCUCGACGCCACAGGUCACGUCGCCCUGUGUGAUUUCGGACUCUCGAAGGCCAACCUCAGAGCCGACGAGCUUACCACCACCUUCUGCGGUACGACCGAGUAUCUUGCCCCUGAAAUCCUCCUCGACGAGCAAGGGUAUUCCAAGAUUGUCGACUUUUGGAGUUUGGGAGUUUUGCUAUUCGAGAUGUGCUGUGGAUGGAGUCCGUUCUACGCGGAAGAUGUCCAGCAGAUGUAUAAAAACAUCUGUUUCGGGAAGAUUAGGUUCCCAAAGGGCGUCAUUGGAGAGGACGGGAAGCAAUUUGUCAAGGGGCUCCUCAACCGCAAUCCCAAGCAUCGACUGGGUGCGCAACGUGAUGCUGAAGAACUCAAGGAACACCCAUUCUUCUCAUGCAUUGACUGGACCGCCCUGUCCCUCAAGCAAGUCACUCCGCCUUUCAAGCCCGUUGUGGAGUCCGAUGAAUCCACCAACAACUUUGACCCGGAGUUCACGGAAGCCGACAUUCGCGACCCCAAACUCGCCGGGAUGUUCCUGGACGAUGAGGACGACCACGAUGAUCUCGGAUACUCGAGCGACAAGGGCGGGAAGGAAUGGCUGGACGAGGAUGAUCCCAGUGAAGAUUGGGUCAACGCAUACGAGAAGGAGAAGAACAUGGGCCACCAUACCCCUAACGGCCCUCUUGGUUGGGAACUUCACGCAAACAAGGAGAAGAAUGAACAUCCUCCCAAAUCCGCCAGCAUCCAGAUCAAACCUUCAAAGAAGGCGGCCAAGAAGCACGCCGGCACGCCAUUGACAAGCAGUGUCCAGGAGAACUUCCGCGGAUUCACCUACAGCGGCGGCGAGAGUGUGGUGGCAAGCAUGGCUGCCCAUGCGAUGAGGAACCGAGACAACGACUGGACCACCCAACCUAACCUCAACGGCCACGAUUCCCCCGCUGCCUCCCAUCCUCCUUCAAGGAACGGGAGCGUCGGCAGCCACGACGGGGUCACAUUCUCGACAAGUAAAUCACGGUCGAAGAAGCUCCAGGACGAGAAACAAGAGCCAACGACGGAGGACGAGGCAUAUGACUAUAGUACCAGCGCCGGCCGCCUCGCCAAUGCGAAGCGGAAGGAGGUCAAGUGGGUGGACAGCGAGAUUGAUUUUGGGGAUUUCUAA